UCUUCACAACGUGCAAUGACUGUCGCUUUCCUCUUUUAGAUUGGUUCUAAGUUUAGCAGAACUCUGCAAGAGAAAGCAACACAAGGAGGUUGCCACAAGUUAAGUUCGAAACUCAUAAAAGAGUAGCUUCAACGUAGAAGGAACCUGACUUCUUUUAGAUCCCAUGGCGAUCCUCAAAUCUCCCGUCACCUCCAACGGCUUGGCGCUAUAUACUCCAGAGGUUUCUCGGCAUCGACGGAACGCGGUUAUAUCUGCAUCAGUUCAUCGCCGGCAAAUCCCUAUCGGUUUAACCAUGAAGUUCUGGGGAAUCAACCGUCUGCCGAUCAGAGGAGCAACAAAAAUGCCUGCAGUUGGUCCAGGCCCCGUAAAUAUGCCAGCAGGAAAUCUCCCAGUACCCAACAUGCCAUCAUGGGUCACGUUGAUCGUCGGUGCCGUCAUUGUUGCAAUACCAAUUUAUAGAAGGAUGAGAGCAUUAGAAGAUAAGGUGGAGAAGACGGCAGAGGUAGCAAUCGAGGUGGUCGAUACGGUGGCGGAGGCGACCGAGAAAAUCGCCGGCGAUAUUGCUGAAGCGUUUCCCGGCAAUGAACGCCUCAAGGAGGUAGCAUCCAAAAUUAAGACCGUCACCGAUGCGAUCGAGGAGGACGCCGAGAAAGCCGAGGCCCUGAUCCAGAAGGUUGAUGAGAUAAAAAAAGAGGUGGAUUCCAUAGUUGAUCCUAUCAUUGGCAAGGUCAUGAAGGUCGAAGGAGGGAUCGUAGAGAAAGAAGGUGAUAAAUAGAAACAAACUGGAUGCUUACUAGCUCGGUGCUAAUGGAGAGAGGAAAAUGCAGAAUUUGAGGCCAUUGCCUUUCUUCGUUGGAAGUUUGCGGUCUUCGGACAUGUGUUUAUACAUUAUACUGCCUCAUUUGAUCCUAACAAGAUAAAUAAAGAGUAAAAUACAUUGAUGGUCAUUGAACUUGUCAUAUUGGUUUCAUUUAGGUCACUGUAUUUAGAACACAAACAUUACAGUUAUUAAGAUUCCUGAGAUAUCGUUAUUAUUUGCGUGUUUACAGUUUCAGUUA